AUGAUCCGAGCGAUAACGAACACAGAAUUCCAACACUACCUUGUGGGUCCCAUCUGGGCGCUGGUGGCGGAUGUGAAGCGGCGUCUGCAGGGGGCGGAGGUGGAGUUUACCAACAACAACUGCAACAGUGAGCACGUCGAUGUCCCAGAAAAUGGGAUGGCCAUAGACAACCACAAAGCACCAAUCCAGGACAACGACAAGCUUAACAACAGUACCUGGGCAUAG